AUGCUGCCGAGACUGGGCGGCCCCGCGCUGCCGCUGGUCUUGCCGUCGCUGCUGCUGCUGCUGCUGCUGCUGGGCGCCGGCGGCUGUGGCCCCGGGGUGCGCGCUGAGGUGCUGUUCCGCUGCCCACCCUGCACACCCGAGCGCCUGGCUGCUUGCGGUCCCCCGCCGGCCGCACCGCCCGCCGCCGUGUCUCGGGAGGCGGGCGAUGCCCGCGCGCCCUGCGCCCAGCUCGUCCGAGAGCCGGGCUGCGGCUGCUGCUCGGUGUGCGCCCGGCUGGAGGGCGAAACGUGCGGCGUCUACACCCCGCGCUGCGGCCAAGGGCUGCGCUGCUACCCCAACCCCGGCUCCGAGCUGCCCCUGCAGUCGCUGGUCAUGGGCGUGGGCACUUGCGAAAAGCGCCGGGACACCGAGUACGGUGCCAGCCGCGAGCAGGUUGCAGACAAUGGUGAUGACCACUCUGAGGGAGGCCUGGGAGAGAACCAUGUGGAUGGGACCAUGAACAUGUUGGGAGGAGGCAGCAGUGCUGGCCGGAAGCCCCUCAAAUCAGGCAUGAAGGAGCUGGCUGUGUUCCGGGAGAAGGUCACCGAGCAGCACCGACAGAUGGGCAAAGGUGGAAAACACCACCUUGGACUGGAGGAGCCCAAGAAGCUGCGUCCACCACCUGCCAGGACCCCCUGCCAGCAGGAAUUGGACCAGGUCUUGGAGCGAAUCUCCACCAUGCGCCUUCCAGAUGAUCGGGGCCCUCUGGAGCACCUCUACUCCUUACAUAUUCCCAACUGUGACAAACAUGGCCUGUACAACCUCAAACAGUGCAAGAUGUCUCUGAAUGGACAGCGUGGCGAGUGCUGGUGUGUGAACCCCAACACUGGGAAGCUGAUCCAGGGAGCCCCCACCAUCCGCGGGGACCCAGAGUGCCAUCUCUUCUACAAUGAGCAGCAAGAGGCUGGUGGGGCUCAUGCCCAGCGGGUGCAGUAAACCACAGCAGCUGGUGCCUGGCUCCCCCACCCCUAACACCAGCAGAAACAGAGGGUGCUUGGGUGGAGGGUGGGGAGGAUUUCCUAGGAGAUUUGACACAUGUAUUUAUAUUUGGAAAGAGGCCAGCACUGAGCCCGGCACCCUGCUGCCCUGCCCUGCCCUCCCCUCCCCAGCUGGAGAUGCCUAUAUUGUCCCUUUCUGCUUCCCCUGGGGAGGAAGGGGAGGUGGUACUAGGGGAGCUAGGUACAGGUUUGGGAGGGGAGGAAAAGAAAUUUUUAUUUUUGAACCCCUGUGUCUCUUUUGCUUAAGAUUAAAGGAAGGAAAA